GACCACUUCACUGUCAGUCUGUCAGUUGAUACACCAGUCGUCAACAUGGUUCUCGAGGAAGCCGACACCUUCUCCGCCGACACCGCGCCGUCGUCUGACGCCGACCCGUACUAUGGCGACCGCAACCCAACCGAGCUUCCCACCCGCAACUCGUCCUAUUUCACCGUCAAUUCGGGCGAAGACACGGUUUACGUCAACAUCAGCCAGCUUCCCAGGCUGUUUCUCCAGUCUGAGCCCCUUCCCUCCAACAUGCUCUCUAGCAUCAAGUCUAGCAUUCAGAAUGCAGGACUCGCGCUCGGCCGCCCCGUUACGCAAGACGAAGCCGACGCCCUUGCCUUCCACCACGCCAAAGCCUACCGUAUAGGCAGCUAUGGUCACCCAGUGGGCACCGUCAUUGCAUCAGCCCUUGCCUUUCGUUCGUGGAGCAAAUUUGGGUUUCCGGGCUGGACCCCCGGUGAGAAGUUCAACCCGCAGAGAUUUGGUUUCCUCAGCGGCCGAUCUGCAAGAAUUGCGUGGCAUAGUGCGAGGCUCCUUGCUUAUAGUACCGUGGGGGCGUUCUUGGGCGGGACUUUGGCUGGGUCUUAUGCUCUUACCGUGUACAGCGUGGGGAGGGAGAGGGAUCCGAGGCUGAAAGAAGUGGGAUUGGCUAUCAGGAAACAUGCAGCGAGUGGAACCUGGCCGGGGAGUAGAAAAGCCGAUGAUAGUCCUGGCAGGAAGGAGAGUGCAGGAGAGACGUUUGAUAUGGCGAGGCAGAGGCAGAGGGCGCAGGAGGCUUGGAGAGAGCACAGGGCCGGACAACAACAGCCGACGGAGAGAAGAAAUGUGAUGAGAGCUGAGAGCAGAGCUGAUGACAUGAGUCCCACGGGUGGUGCUUUUGGUGCGGAGUUUGUGGAUCCGGGCAGCGCGGAUGUGUCGGAUACUGCUAUGAUGAGCGAUGAUCAGGCGAGGAGGCAAUCGGAAAGUAUACAGAGGCAGCAGGAAGCGGACUAUGCGAAGAGCCAGGAGAGUCGCGCUGCACAUCCAAGCCAACAGCGACAAGGACCAAGUCGAGAUGCUUUUGGCAUGCAAGAGGACUCCAAAUCGGUCCAGAGCGGGAGUGCUUGGGAGCGACUCCGGCAGAAAGCACAGUCAGGGGGAUCAACAUAGUAUGUACCGAGAACUUCGGCGCCAAUAGCUGGGAAGAGUAGCGACUCCGACUGGCGAUAGCUUCAGCUUCUCCCAGAGUGAUGAAGAUAGACAACUCGCAAAAGCGGAAGCACAAAUGGAGCAUGGCACUCUCAGCUGUAGAGAUUCAUUCUUCAAUCAACAUCACAUAUCCUGUCCAUUGCACAAGCCGAGUAGCUAGCUAGACUCCUGCUUUAGAGAUAGGAUUCUUCACACCAACCUCUCCCAUCAAAAAUCUCGCACGCUGAUCCAGAGUUUUCAAAACCUGCUUUGUAUGAUUUAGACUUCCAGCGCGUUGCAGACAUUGGAUUGCUUCGAUUUUGAUUGUGUUGUCUUGUGUUCUCAUUGCGAGAAAUUCGAUGAGGAGGUGUUUUCUUUCGGAGCUUGAAUUUUCGGGACUUGGGGGAGUAUUAUGAUUCUUUUCUUUCCAAAUUGCGUGUGCGAUUGGAUAGGAGAAUUUGCCUUCUGUUAGGUCGUCGAAGAAACCUUUUUGUUUUGCCAUCUGUGGGGGGAAAAAGAAGGGGUAGGGGGGAGAUGUUAGUCAGCUGCUGUUAGGAGCC